UUCUGUGAUUUUUUUUUUCCUGUGAUUCUGAUUCAGCAAAUCGAUUGUCACCUGGACUGUUUAUCACCCUUCAGGUUUCGGCAUAGUCCGAAUUGCUGGUACUUGAGAGAUUGGACCAUUCACAGUUGGAUCAGACAAUGCUUAAAAUAUGGUGCACAAGACAAAGCCUUAUACACAUUAAAAAACAAGGUCCAAUAUGGAAUUUUCCCAGAUAAUUUUACAUUCAAUAUUUUGUUGGAUUGUUUUAUAAAACAGAAGAAAUAUGAGGAUGCUGUCUCAGUAGUUACAGAGAUCAUGCUGCAAGAAAGUUUUGAUGAGUUGUCAACACAGCUUCUUUCUCUCUAUGUUCUAUACCAGUACCUAGCAACUAAGUCUGAGCAUACGUGGGAAGAGGAGAGAAAUCUCGGUGCAUCACUAGUGCUGACGGGUCUAAAGCAAACAAAUACUGUGGGAUUUAGUUCCCAGCUGUAUGGUUAUGCAUUUCUUGGAAAAGUGGAGUUGAGUAAAGGUCUAAGAGCUGUAUACAACCUAAUGCCAUUGAUGUGGACACCUGGAUACUUAAAUAGAGCCUUGCAGGUGAUGGAGAAUGUAGCUUCUUUGCCAGGAGACUGCAAAAUCUGCCAAGAGGCUGUUGAUGUUCUGGAGACUGUUUUACGGUCUGUCCUUGAAGUAAAACCUGGUCCAGAACCAUCUGAAGAAGGCAAAGAAGUAGAACAGAAGUCAGAAUAUGCAGAAUCAGAAGAAAUGGAGCAGUUGAAAAUGCCUGAGUACUACAGCCGAUUCAAGGAGCUGUACUCUAAGCUGCAUUCACUUGGCAAGGUUGAAUCUGAAAGCCUGUUAACCCUGACCACCCAACUCGUCAAGGAAAAGCUGCCAGUAUGUGAAGUGGAGGACAUCGCAAAGCAUGAGCAGAAGCUAAAGGAGUGGGAGCAAGAACAAGCACUUCUCAUUGAGAGAGAAAAAGAAAUGAGAGAAAAAGCUAAGCAGGAACUGGAAGCUAGGAAGCUAGCUAAGGCAUCUGCUUAAUACUGAAAUUAAUACUGAAAUACCGUAAUGGUAUGCAUUCCUCUGUACAUGAACUGUUCACUGUUAAUAUUUCACUUAAUUACUGCUGCAAAUAUGACUGUAUGUGACUACUUACUAUAUGCAAAUAAAUCUAUUUCCAUUUUGCCUGCUUC